AUGGGCUACGCUAUCUUACCAGCACUGAUCCCUGAUAUUCAGAAGGUCUAUGACACCUAUUUCAAAGCCUUCAAGGGCGAUGCCAUGGGCGAGCUCAUGGUACAAAUUCUCUUCCCCAGCGGAACGGAGUCAGAAGAAUUCCGCAAAGCACAUGCGGCUGGUACCUUGUCCUGGUGGCAUCAAUCCGAUACACAAUACACCUACAAGUGCGUCGAUACCGAUACGGGAGAAAUCGUCGGCAUGGCUCUCGGCGACAUUUAUCUGAAAGAGCGCAGCGAGGAAGAACGCAAGAACCACGGCGUUAGCUGGCUUGAGGGAAAGGAGAGGGAGCGCGCCGAGGCUGUCCUGAACCCAUUGCACGAGGCUAGAGAGAAGCUGUUUGGCGGGCGCCGCUACAUCUAUACCCAUGUUAUUGCUAUCGACCCGAAACACCAGGGCAGAAAGGCCGGUGCACUUUGGUGCAAGUGGGGAAUGGAUCUCAGUGACAGUCUGGGAAUCCCCAUGUACUUCGAGUCAUCGCCUUCCACCUACAAGCUGUACGAGAAGAUGGGCUACGAAACCCUGGAUGAGAAAAUUGUCCACAAGCCUGAGGUGACUGGGGCCCCUCAUGACACCGAAGUACCUUUGAUGGUUAAGAUGCCUGCAUGUGCCGGCGGCAUGACCUUCAAGGAGUGGCGUGCGGCAGGUUACCCCCCUUUCAGCGAGGUUAAGAGGGUACAGGCUACACCCGUGGUCAACAUUGUUGCGGGUGAUAAGAAGGCUGGUAGCGGACCUGUGGCCAUCGAUGUCCAGGUCCAGGAAGUGCAGGUUUAG